AGUGGUGCGAAAACACGGAAUUUCAAAAACCAAGAUUUAUUGAUAGAAUUUUUUAGUUAUACACGUAGGAAUAGUAUGUUAAUUUUGAACAUCAUAGGCAUAUUCUGGCUAAUCAAUGCAGGCGAAACAAAAUAUGUCGAGGGUCACCUGAAAACGAGCGCAGAUUUUGCAUUCCUGGCUAGAUUCUGCUUUCUGUCCAACCACGGUCGUUAUCAGUACGAAAUCGAGUAUGAAAAAAUGAUUGGUGAGUUAAAGUUACUGCUCUACUAUGAUGAUAAAUCACAGUGGCCUGCUGUAUAUAAAACCGAUAAGACAUGCACUGAAAAACUUUCUGUUCUAAGCGCGAUUGAUAAUCAAAUUGUGCCUUUAACGUAUAGAAACCAUCUUUACUCUGGUUGUAGUCUGGUAACUCCAAAUACCAAGGAUGCCGGAAACAACGUUAUUAAGCGACCUACACCCGAUUUGAAUCCUGAAAAGAAUCCAUCAAAAGAGGACGAUUCGUUUUCGUAUGAUCAUUUCCUGAAAUCAAGCACUACCGAAUCAAGCAUCGGCACUGAAAGUUCUGAAUUUAAUUUUGCGGACAUAGACUUGACAGUUGCAAAUACUACCGAAAUGUUUGUCGGCGAUCUUUCAUUUCAAACCGUUGGCUAUAAUGGCCUGGAAAAUACUACUGAUUAUAAGGUGCUUGUCGAAGAAUUGUUCCAAGGAAGUGGUGAUAAUGGGCAUACAAAUAGAAUUAGACGCGCUGCAAAGUUGGAUAAACUAAUUAUUAGUUGUUCCAAUCAUGGAACUUUUACUAGUUCUAGACAGAGGUGGUGGUACAUAGCUGUAGCAAAUUGUGGUAGUAAUAAAGGUUUGGAUGUUUGGUACCGAUUCCGAAUGACCAACGGUGCACUAGGAGAUUUUUGGCAUGAACAUUUCUCUGCUGAUGAAAUGUAUAUCCCGCCUAUGCUGCUGAUUGAGUCUAUCUCCUACUCACUUUUGCUAUUGGCAGUGUUUUUGUGUGCCGUUGAGCUUAAAACUCGCCACUUGUACCACUGCACCUACCGAUUGUUCGCGCUGAGUGUCCUGCUGCAGUGGUUCGGUAUUCUGCUGUUGAGUGUAACCUGGGCCAAAUAUGCUGUCUCUGGAAUUGGUCCGUUUACCAGCUUUGGAGGCUUUUUUACUAGUGCAAGUGAGAUCACAUUUCUGCUGCUGCUACUACUGAUGGCCAAGGGAUAUACAAUCACUCGAGCGAGAUUGAAAACUUGUGCUACAGUGAAAAUAACCGUUUUCACCAAUCUGUAUGCGAUCGUAUAUAUCACGUUAUUCAUCUAUCAGUCAGAGGCGUUUGAUCCAGGAGAAGUUCUGAAUCUUUACGAAUCGCCCGCUGGUUUCGGAUUGGCAGGACUCCGUUGCGUAAGUUGGGGUUUCUUCAUCUACUCAUGCGCGGCCACCAUCCGGAAGUUCUCUGAGAAAGGUCCUUUCUAUUAUCCAUUCACUUUACUUGGUUCAAUGUGGAUCAUGAGCGGUCCAAUUCUGACUGUGGUGGGAGUUAACGUACUUGAUCCGUGGGUCAGAGAAAGUGUAAUGCAUGGUGCCCUCGGUUUUGUAGCAUUAAUGGGACAUGUGGCAUUUCUUUGGCUAACUUGGCCGUCAAGGGCCAACAAAAGUUUUCCGUAUCAUGUCCGAACGAAUCACGUUGGAAUUUCUACCGUCGACGACGAAGUCACCUAUCCGAGACAUACUUAUGAACCGGCUCCACCGGAAACAGGAGUUAUCAUUCCAUUGUCCAGCAAUGCGGCCACUUUGAAUGGAAUUUACGAUCAAUAUCUUCGGGAAAGGAACGUCUAUCAUAGUGCGUCGACUCCAAUCAGCUACUUGUCAUUUCCAGCAGCUCCGAAACCUGACACUAGUAAUCAUCACCAGCAACACAAUCUCAGCCGCAUGCUUUCAAGGCCUCAACAAUCCACAAGCAGUGAUUCUGUGGUAGAUGACAAUCCGUCGUCCCAUCUCUAUAUUCUCCCGGAAAGUGCCCCACAAAGUUUGAUUAUAAGCAACAACACUCACAACAGUGGCCAUCACGAUGACAACAAUAAUAACAGUAAUAACAACAAUAAUCAGAACAAUUACAUAAAUGACACUCUGGUUGACUCCGGUCAUCCCUCGUUGGACAUGUCAAUCUCAACAAGCCCUCCGAAGCAUGAAGAGAGCUCAUUGAACAGCGAUAACAACGAAAAUAACAAUAACAAUAGCAACUCCGCUCAAGAUCAACGCCAGCCGUCAACGGAUGUGAACGUUGCGGUUCCGUCUGCGCCAACACUUCCGAAUGAUCGGGAUACCAACAAGCCGAAGAUCGAUCCUGCAAGAUCAUUUGAUCCUUUCAUUGUCGGAGCUGGCUCAUCAACACCCGCGGAGGAGCGUCCAAGGUUACCGAACAAAAUUCUACUACCCAGUCUCGAGGGAGGACACAGCAUGGAAGCCGUAGCUUCUGUACCAAAGCACCUGUUUGCUGCCAAGCGUGAGGGACGGAGUAGUUAAGAGGAGAGAUGGUGCUCUUUGGUUCACGUUCGGCAUUACAUGUGUGACAUGGAAAUAAAUUGUAAGAAGAGUUAGUAUUUUUUUAUGAAACAGCACUUGUAUCUAUGAUUAAUAAUAUAACAGUAGUAGAACGCAAGUCCAU